GUACUCUCUGCUUCACAUGCAGUACUUCCUUCUCCAUGAAACCACUUCCCAAAUCUUAUAUCUUUCAAACUGUAAAGCCCUAAUUUUCCGAUCGUCUUAGCGGUUCGGAAAACCAGGUAAAUUUAGUACUAUAUUUGGAGCUAAAAUGGCGGAGGAAAAGGACGCCACGUCGGUGCCCCUGAGCCAAGGCGCUCGCGAGGAAGAAGAAGAAGGGCGAGAUCCGGAAGACCCUUUAAAAUCUCCUCAAAAUCCUCCAGAUUCUUCCACCCGUAGCGCUUGCUGUUUUGUUCUUCAAAGCUGGGUUUCAAAAAAGUUUAUGACUGGAUGUGUUGUCCUAUUUCCGAUUGCUGUAACAUUCUUCGUGACCUGGUGGUUCAUUCAAUUUGUUGAUGGUUUCUUCAGUCCUUUAUAUGCUCAGCUGGGCAUAGACAUAUUCGGACUUGGAUUUGUGACAUCAUUAGUUUUCGUAUUCCUUGUCGGUGUAUUUGUUUCAUCAUGGUUGGGAGCGACAGUUUUUUGGAUUGGAGAAUGGUUUAUAAAGAGAAUGCCAUUCGUUAAGCAUCUUUAUUCAGCCUCUAAGCAAAUUAGUUCCGCAAUUUCCCCUGAUCAAAAUAAUACCGCAUUUAAGGAAGUGGCAAUCAUACAGCACCCACGUGUCGGUGAAUAUGCAUUCGGCUUUAUCACGUCAUCAGUUGUCCUUCAGAGAGACGAUGGAGAUGAAGAACUAUGUAGUGUUUUUGUUCCAACAAAUCAUUUGUAUAUUGGCGAUAUAUUCCUGGUUAAUUCAAAGGAUAUCAUACGACCCAAUCUGUCCAUCCGUGAAGGAAUAGAAAUCAUUGUUUCUGGUGGUAUGACAAUGCCACAAAAGAUCACGCCAAUUUCCCCAAUCGAAAGAGUUGUUGCUCGACAAGGCGAAAGGAUUCCCCUAAGUAGACUAGUCUGAGUUGACCUCAGGAACAUUGACUUGGCAUUUCAAGUCGGUAUGGUUAUCUAGGGCGCAGAGGCAAGAAAUGUAUUUUUGUAAGGGGAAAGAUUUGAUUACAGAGUUUUUUACUAUUAGACUAUAUAAUUCAAAUGAUUUAAUGGCAUUUGAUGAUAUAGUUGCGGACUAGUUUUCAAUAUAUUUUGGUAUUUAAAUGUAUUGACAAAUAUGAGAAUGUGUUUUUACAGAGAUGCAUUAAUGAAAUGUUGAUGUGGAUAUGAUGUGGAGGAAAAAGAAUAUAACUAGUGUUUAAAUGAACGGAUAUGGUUGAGGAUACUCUAAGAAUAGCGAAGCGAAAGAUGGAAAGGUUACGUGUUCAUUGGAAAAAGAGAUGAUGAUUGAUGAAUGAAAUUGAAUUUAAGAAAUACUAUGUUCUUGAAAAAUGACUUUUAAUUUUGGAUAUCCUGG